CUCCGGAGCCUGGAGUGCGUCCUGCUGGGCGACGGGGCGGUGGGCAAAACCAGCCUGGCGCUCAGCUACAGCACCAACGGCUUCCCGGCGCGCUACGUGCCCACCGCCUUGGAUCGCUUCUCCGCGAUCGUCCAGGUGGACGACACCCCCAUCCGGCUCCAGCUGUCGGACACCGCAGGGCAGGAUGAAUUUGACACCCUGCGCCGGGUGUGCUAUCCGAAGGCGGACGUCAUCCUGCUCUGUUUCAGCGUGGUGGCGCCCACUUCCUUCCAGAACAUUGCUGACAAGUGGUACCCGGAGGUGCGCCGCCACUGCCCUGCCACGCCUGUGCUGCUCGUGGGCACUCAGUCCGACCUGCGCCAGGAUGUCAAGGUGCUGAUCGCCCUCUCCCGCCACAGGGAGAAGCCGGUGCCCUCGGCUGCGGCCCGAUCGCUAUCCCUGAAACUGGGGAUGGUGGGCUACCUGGAGUGCUCCGCCCUCACCCAGCACAACCUCAAGGAGGUGUUUGACACGGCCAUCGCCGCGGGACUGUGGCACGCUGAGCACCCGGGCACCAAGGUGCGGAGAAGGAGUCCCAUCAGCUGCUUCCGGACCCUUUCCAAAGCGUGGUGGAAGAAAUGCAUUUGUGUCCGGUAGCCCCUGCUUCCCUGGUGGGGGGAGAGAUUCCCCGUGCGCCUUGCCUACAAGCUGCACCUACACUCUAUGGGGCACGGGCCGAAGGGGCUGCCCACUGACCGAGGCGGGCAUCAGAGACUGGACACGAGGCCCAGCAUUCCUGCCUUGGUGCCCGGGGCUAUCCCUGUGAAUGACGGAGGGGCUGGGUGGUCAGGAUCCCAGCCUUGGCCGCUGAGCAUCGUGGCCCUUGCAGUUCUGAAUCCCCCAGCCUUCUCAGGUGAGAGGGGCUACAGCCUCAUCACAGGAAAGGUGACACAGUCGGGUCUUUCCUUCUGAAGUGGGCACUGAGGCUGAAAACGGCAAAAGACCGGCUCCCAGUCGGGCUUUCUACCCUGCAGGGACUGUGGCCCCGACAAGGCCUUCCUGUGGCCCUUGAUCCUUGCGGAGGACUUCGCACAUGGCCGCGGCUAGGUUUAGGAGAGACCGCGAACAAGAGGGACGCCCUCCCCGGCAAGAGGGAAGCAAAGUUGUCUCUCAAGCGGGUGGCUUUCCAUUCCUCUCCGGUAAACCUUUGAGUUCUGAUGCCAAAAUUCAAAUACUGAACUUGGCGGGUUUGGGGGAGGAGACGGACACCAGAUAUUCCAGGGGGCUGGGCAAAGGGGAACUCUUGGUGGAUUUUGCUUAAGACAAAUGAAUCCGUGAAGGUGGGCUUAAAGGGCGUUAUCGUUUAACCCGCCAUGGCGGCUGCACACCGCUGCUGCCUUUUCACCUGCCCGCUUCCUCUUCCGGUCUCCAGGCCUCCCUUACCAGCAGGAUGGUGUGCAUUCAUUGUUCACGCAUGCACACGCGCACACAUUUUUUAUUUGCACUGAGCUUUAGGAGGCCGAGCGGAAGAGUCUUUGAAGCCUCCCAGUCUUGUCUUCGCCUCCCUGUUCCUCGUUGGGUAGAAGAAGCUGGCGCUCAGCUGACCCUCAGCAACUCAACCAUGGAUCCGUUCCCCCCCCCCCCCAAAUUGCCACUGGGUGACCGCUAGUCGGGUGGCCUGCCUUUAAAAUUCUCCAGCCAGUCACUCUUUCCCCCUGAACUGGUUGCUUCCAAUGUGAAUGAGGACACCUGCUGCAGGGUUUCCCCCCCUCUCUAUCCUGGAAAAUCUUGGAAAUAUAGGUGUCUGACAAAUCUGGGGAAAUUUUAAAGGAUUGUUAGAGCUGAUGGGGGUUUGUGCGCUGCAAACGUUCCUGUGACCCAAAGACACAUGUAUGAGACCUGCCUAAUCUCUAUGCACACUGGAACAUUUCUACCUUGUGUGCGUGUGCUACUUGAUGUUUCUUUGUUUCUUUUCCAUAUGAACACACUUUUUAAAACAAAACAAAACAAAACAACAAUCUUUUUCUUCUCCCCUGGGUGCGAGAGAUUCCAUGUUGGUCUGCUUCCGUUACAGCACAGUGCUGGGGUGGCAGUGCUGAGGAUGAGGACUGGGGAUUUUUCAGCAUUUAGGAAUAUCCCACCCUGCCAAAAAUACAAGACAUGCCUGUUUUGGGGCCAGUUGGAGAGCGUGUAGCUUGACUGAUGCUGGAAAUAGCUGUGGUUGUGUGAGCCAGGUAGUAAUUCAAUAAAGAAACACUCUGCACGUGCUCAGAGGGAACCUGAGCCUGACAUGUGAGACUUCUAGCGUUGUAGGGUUGAAUCUUGUAUUUCUCAAGAAAUUCCUGGGCCUUAUCCUUUGGGUAGUUGAUAUGAAUAAGAGGAGGUGAGUGAGGGAUAGUGGCAGCUAAUAAA